AUGGAGGAAAGAGUGAAGCGAUAUAGAUCGUUGGGGCACACCGUCAACUUUGUCACUGCAGAAGAGAGGUGUUACCCCACUGUUUCAAUAACUUUUACAGAAGAAGACCUGCAGGAGGUGCACCUACCUCAUGACAACCCAUUGGUCAUCAAGCUGGAAGUGGAUCGUUGCCAAUUGGGGAGAGUUUUAGUCGAUGGUGGCAGCGAAGUCGACAUCCUCUUCUGGGAAGCCUUCCAGAAAAUGGGUCUUGAGGAAAGUCAGAUCAAGCCUUCUGUUGCACCAAUCAUGGGGUUCAAUAGCCAAAGAUUAUACCCAAAGGGAUCAAUCAAGCUAAACGUAGUCACCGCAAAAUGCAAUUUAGAAGUAAACUUCCUGAUAAUAGACUCUAUCACAAGCUACAAUGCAAUCAUGGGAAGAAAUUGGAUCCACAGAAUGCAAGGUGUUGUCUCCACUUUUCACCAAGUUAUGCAUUGCCAAUCACCCAAUGGGCACUACACCAUCAACGUAAAAGGGUGUCAGAGGCAGGAAAAUAAGUGCUACCUGACCCUGAAGGAGAUAAACAAGAUGGAUACCUCCGCCUUUGAAGACGAUCCCACCAAAUAG